GCCACCUCUGCUAGAGGAACCCGCUGCUAUCCCUGCUGCGCCUGCCCCAGGCCCCAUUCCUCCUGCGUCUGCGCCUCCGGUUGGACUAUCCUCGAACGCACUGCUCAAGUUUGUUGCAUCACACUCGUCAUAG